UGGGAAGCGGGGGUCACCCCACGGGAGAAAGGGCAUCGCCCGUGCCCGUGGCCGGGCCCCCCCCCCGCCCCGGUUCAGGCAGCUCUGGAUGGAAACGAGCUGCCUGCAGGCUGCCAUGGCUCUGGGGCUCUCCUCCAAGAAAGCCUCCUCCAGAAACAUCGCCGUGGAGAGGAAAAACCUCAUCACCGUCUGCAGGUUCUCAGUGAAGACCCUGCUGGAGAAAUACACGGCGGAGCCCAUCGACGACUCCUCCGAGGAGUUCGUUAACUUUGCCGCCAUCCUCGAGCAGAUCCUCAGCCACCGCUUUAAAGGCCCCAUCAGUUGGUUCAGCUCGGAUGGGCAGCGCGGGUUUUGGGAUUACAUCCGCCUGGCCUGCAGCAAGGUCCCCAACAACUGCGUCAGCAGCAUCGAGAACAUGGAGAACAUCAGUACCUCCAGGGCCAAGGGCCGGGCUUGGAUCCGCGUGGCGCUGAUGGAGAAGCGCAUGUCCGAGUACAUCUCCACGGCCCUGCAGGACACGCGGACCACCAGGCGGUUUUACGACGAUGGGGCCAUCAUGCUGCGGGAUGAAUCCAUGGUGCUCACGGGGAUGCUCAUCGGGCUCAGCGCCAUCGACUUCAGCUUCUGCCUGAAGGGCGAGGUGAUGGACGGUAAAACACCCGUGGUCAUCGACUACACGCCCUACCUGAAGUUCACGCAGAGCUACGACUACCUGAGCGAGGAGGAGGAGCGGGGCAGCGUGGAGAGCAGCACGAGCGAGGACAGCUCCCCCGAACACCCCUACCUGCCCCUGGUCACCGACGAGGACAGCUGGUACAACAAGUGGCGCAAGAUGGAGCAGAAAUUUCGCAUCGUUUAUGCCCAAAAGGGAUACCUGGAGGAGCUGGUGCGGCUGCGGGAGUCGCAGCUGAAGGACCUGGAGGCGCAGAACAAGCGGCUGAAGCUGCGCCUGGAGGAGGUGGUGGUGCAGAACCAGCUGGAGAAGAGGGAGCUGGAGGGCAUCAUCCUGGAGCUGCAGGAGCAGCUGACGGGACUGAUCCCCUGCGAGAACCCGCAGCUGGCCCAGCUCUCCAAGGAGAUGGUGACACCCCUGGUGAACCAGUGGCCCUCGCUGGGGACCCUCAACGGCAACGAGAGUGGCUCGGACAGCAAGCUCUACAGGAGGCACAGCUUCAUGAGCACCGACCAGCUCUCGGCCGAGAACAGCCUCAGCUCCGACUCCCAGCGCCUGGGCGAGGGCAAGCGCGAAGGCGAGCCCUGGGGCCCCUUGGGGAAGGACCCCACGCCCUCCAUGCUGGGGCUCUGCGGCUCCCUGGCCUCCCUGCCCAGCUGCAAGUCCCUGGCCAGUCUCAAGUCCAACGAGUGCCUGGUGAGCGACAGCACCGAAGCCAGCCCGACCCGCAGCCCCAGCUGAGACCCCCGGCCCCCUCGCCGCCCCACGGCCCAGCCGCCCGGUCCAGCGUCACGGCAGAGGACUGACCUCGGUCCCCCCGGUUCGCCACCCCGGGACCGACGAGGGACUCACCGAACCCACCAGGGAAGCUGGAGACGGGCAUCCCCCUCCCCAUCUUGACACCCCACUUCGGCUGCGCCUCGGACCCCCAGCCUGGUCCCUGGCUGGAGACAUGGACCCGUUGGGAUGGGGGAUGCCAGACUGGGACCCAUGCGAGCUGGGGAUGGGGUGGGCUGGGGGGGGGGGGAACGAACUGUGCUAUGGAGGGACACUGGGAAUGACCGCUGCUGGGGAGCAAGGGAGGGGGGGGGUCAGGGCCAAAACCCCUCGGGGGCGAAGGUCCCAGCACAGCCCCAGUGUCCAUCCUGCUUGGCCCAGGGGCACCGCUUUUCCCUCGGGCGCCCACCCGGGCUUCGCCUGCCCUCUAGUGCCCAGCCUCCCCCCGGACCCCCCCCCCACUUCGCACCCAGGCGCUGCAGGGGGGCUGGCCUGUCCCUCCCUUUGGGGACCAGCUGUCCCUCCUUGCAGAGGCAUCCCUGCGACAGGGAUAGCCACCUCACCCCCCCUCCCGCCCCCAUUCCCACCCUCCCCCGGGGUUUUGGGUGAUUUUGGUUUUUAAUUCAGCCCCAUCUGCCUUGUUGGAGCAAAAGGAAUCAAUAAACGCAGCAAGCUGA